AAGCAGUAUAAGACAAAAUGCGUGAGUGUAUCUCCGUGCACGUUGGCCAGGCUGGCGUCCAGAUGGGCAACACCUGCUGGGAGCUGUACUGCCUGGAGCACGGCAUCCAGCCCGACGGCCAGAUGCCCACCGCCAAGACUGAUGGAGGCUACGAUGACUCCUUCACCACUUUCUUCAGUGAGACUGGUGCUGGGAAGUACGUUCCCCGGGCCAUCUUUGUCGACCUGGAGCCCACUGUUAUCGACGAGGUGCGUACAGGUACCUACCGCCAGCUCUUCCACCCUGAGCAGCUGAUCUCAGGCAAGGAAGAUGCAGCCAACAACUAUGCCCGUGGUCACUACACCAUUGGAAAGGAAAUCAUUGACUCUGUGCUUGAUAGGAUCCGCAAACUGGCUGACCAGUGCACUGGGCUACAAGGUUUCCUGGUCUUCCAUUCCUUCGGUGGAGGAACUGGCUCUGGUUUCACCUCCCUGCUGAUGGAGCGUCUCUCUGUUGACUUUGGCAAGAAGUCCAAGUUAGAGUUUGCCAUCUAUCCAGCUCCUCAAGUGUCCACAGCCGUGGUGGAGCCAUACAACUCCAUCCUCACCACCCACACCACCCUGGAGCACUCUGACUGUGCCUUCAUGGUGGACAAUGAGGCCAUCUAUGACAUCUGCCGCAGGAACCUGGACAUCGAGCGUCCAUCCUAUACCAACCUGAAUCGCCUUAUUAGCCAGAUUGUCUCAUCCAUCACUGCCUCUCUGCGUUUCGAUGGGGCCUUGAACGUGGACCUGACAGAGUUCCAGACCAACCUGGUGCCCUACCCUCGUAUCCACUUCCCUCUCGCCACUUAUGCCCCAGUUAUCUCCGCUGAGAAGGCUUAUCACGAGCAACUCUCUGUUGCUGAGAUUACCAAUGCCUGCUUCGAGCCAGCUAAUCAGAUGGUGAAAUGCGAUCCUCGUCAUGGCAAAUACAUGGCCUGCUGCCUCCUGUAUCGGGGCGAUGUGGUGCCAAAAGAUGUCAAUGUGGCUAUUGGUAACAUCAAGACCAAGAGGAGCAUCCAGUUUGUGGACUGGUGUCCCACAGGCUUCAAGGUGGGCAUCAACUACCAGCCUCCCACUGCGGUUCCUGGAGGAGACCUGGCCAAGGUGCAGAGGGCGGUGUGCAUGCUGAGCAACACCACAGCCAUCGCGGAGGCCUGGGCUCGUCUGGACCACAAGUUCGACCUGAUGUACGCCAAGAGGGCCUUUGUCCACUGGUAUGUUGGUGAGGGAAUGGAGGAGGGAGAAUUCUCUGAGGCCAGAGAGGACAUGGCUGCCCUGGAGAAGGACUACGAAGAGGUGGGCAUCGAUUCAUUCGAAGAUGAUGAAGAGGGGGAGGAGUAUUAAGUGCAGAAGAAGUGGCUAACACUGUGUGGAAUGAGCUCUUUACUUGACCAGUGCAAAACAAAGGCCAAGCUACUCUCUGAUUGUAAAUUCACUUUCUUUCCUAAAAAAAUGUUUUUCAUGCCUGACAUUUGUCCCUGCCAUGGUAUCACCAAUAGACUUAAUAAAAGAAGCUAUCAGACAAUCAAUGUUUUAUUGCUAACAACCAGUUUCUGUCACUGAAAAAUGAUUCUCCAACUUGGGGAAUGUAUCAUUACCUCCUUUUUCAAUAAAGCCGUUCACAACUG